AUGAAGAUUUUCGUUUGCGUUUUAGCUGUGGUGGCCACAGCCCAAGCAGGUUUGCUGGGAAUUGGUGGCGGCGGCGGUGGCGGCGGCUAUUCAUAUGGAGGUGGCGGUCAUGGCGAUCAUGGCGGUCAUGGCGGACACGGUGGCGGCGGCGGUGGUCACGGCGGUGAGGUCAAAAUCAUCAAGGUUAUCAGUGACGGUGGAGAUGGCGGUCAUGGCGGUCAUGGUGGUCAUGGUGGUCAUGGUGGCUUUGAUGGUGGCUACGGCGGCGGCGGCCAUGGCGGACACGGUGGCGGCGACGGUGAAGUCAAAAUCAUUAAGGUUAUCAGUGACGGUGGAGAUGGCGGUCAUGGUGGUCAUGGUGGCUUUGAUGGUGGUUACGGCGGCGGCGGCCAUGGCGGUUUUGAUGGCGGGCUUGGCGCUUACGGCUCUAGCGGCGAAUUGAAAAUCGUCAAAGUCAUCAACGGCGGCAGCGGCGGCGGCGGCGGUGGCGGUCAUGGUGGUCACGGUGGAUACAGCGGCGGUGGCGGUCAUGGUGGACACGGUGGAUAUAGCGGCGGUGGCGGUCAUGGCGGCCAUGGCGGUGAUGUCAAAAUCAUUAAAGUUGUUCACGAGGAUGGCGGUUUUGGCGGUAUCGGUGGCGGUUAUGGCGGCGGUGGCUUUGAUGGUGGAUAUGGCGGUGGUCAUGGAGGUCAUGGAGGUCAUGGCGGUCAUGGUCAUGGCGAUGGCGGUGCUGGUGGAGAAGUUAAAAUUAUCAAGGUCAUCAGUGAUGGCGGAGCGGGCGGCUUUGAUGGCGGCUACGGCGGCGGCGGCUAUGGCGGCGGCUAUGGUGGCGGUGCAGGAGGUUGGGCCGCUGGCGGCGGUGGCUGGGAUUAAGCGCUUUAAUUGCCUUAAGGCAUUUGUAUAUAAUUAAGUGACAGCGCGCAGCCUUUUGCCAAUGCCAUAGACUGAUACUGAUAAACGCAUAUCUUGGUUGCGCUCUGCACAAUUCUCCUAUACCUCACCACUUCUACUACUUCUCCACAUCUGUACGAGUAUCAGCAGCUGAUAUGGACACUAAUGCUGUUCUGUUAGUUGCGUGUGAGGUGCCAUUCACUGCCUUUUCAUAAGCACCUACAUAACUACCAAAACUACUCAAAAUGUGAUAUACAAACAAACAUACAAACUCACAUCUUUCUAGCCGUCUAAGUGUAAAUGUUUAAUCGAAGUUUUGUUGUAAUGUACCUGUUGAGCAACAUCGUGAGUUCGUAGACGUUGUUAAUGUUGUUAUUGUUUUUAUUGUUACCAAGAAUAUAACAAGAUGAAA